UCGCACGGUGCCGUGAGGAAAGGAAAGUGAAAGCGCGCCCGGGGGUGUGGGUUUGGAUGCUGGGACGGGCGGUGCUGGUGUUUUCCUUGGCAUAGAGCUUGAUAAAAGAGCAUUGGCGAGCUGCCGUGCCGAUUGUGUGUUUGCCGGAGAGCUCUGACAGUGAUACUGGGAAUUUGUGUGGGAGGGCUGUGCAGGAAAUCCCCGAAUUCUGAUGUAAACUCCUCCCGUAUUCGGGUCGGAAAGGAAGCAGCAAACCUGAGAGUUCUGCUUUAAGAAGAGUGGGGAAAGCUGCUGUGCAAAGUUCUUCAGCCGAAUCCUCCCAGCCCAGCUGGCAGGUUCAAAACCUAGCGUGCACACGUAGAAGCAAGCUGCAGGUACCACUGAAGGUGUGUUCACUUCCAGAAGACUCAGCAGCAUGGAAAGCCUGUGUGCAGCAAACACCACUUUUGCACUGGAGCUGUUAAGAAAGCUGUGUGAGAAGAAAAGUGGUCAGAAUGUAUUCUUUUCACCGUUUAGUAUUUCUUCUGCUUUGUCUAUGGUUUUGCUGGGUUCAAGAGGUAGCACUGAAGCCCAAAUACAAAAGGUGCUUUCUCUGCACAACACCCAGGAUGCUCACAAUGGCUAUCAAUCCCUUCUGUCCAAAAUUAAUGAUCCAAACACCAGAUACAUCCUGAGAACUGCGAACCGGCUCUAUGGAGAAAAGACAUUUGAGUUUCUCAAAUCAUUUAGAGAGUCGAGUCAGAAAUCCUACCAUGCUGGCCUAGAACAGAUGGACUUCCUGCAUGCUUGGGAGGAUGCCAGGAAACAAAUCAAUGGCUGGGUGGAGGAGAGGACUGAAGGUAAAAUUCAGAACCUGUUGGCAGAGGGGAUUCUGGAUUCUCUGACCAGACUUGUGUUGGUGAAUGCCAUCUAUUUCAAAGGCAACUGGAAAGAGCAGUUCAACAAACGGAGUACCAGAGAAAGGCCAUUCCACAUUAGUAAGAAUGAAACCAGACCUGUGCAGAUGAUGUUCAAGGAAGCAGAUUUUAACAUGACCUACAUUGGGGACAUCCAGACCAAAAUCCUUGAGCUGCCCUAUGUGGGUAAUGAACUGAGCAUGAUCAUCCUGCUCCCUGAUGCCAUCCAGGAUGGAUCCACAGGCUUGGAAAGACUGGAGAGAGAACUUACAUACGAAAAGCUGAUGGAUUGGAUUAGACCUGAAAGAAUGAACUCUACAAACGUGAGGGUGUCUUUACCCAGAUUUAAACUGGAAGAAGAUUACAAUCUUAAACCUAUUUUAACAAACAUGGGAAUGCCAGAUGCAUUUGAUAAAGAGAAGGCAGACUUCUCAGGAAUGUCAUCUGGGAAUGAGCUGGUGCUGUCUGAAGUGGUUCACAAGUCCUUUGUGGAAGUCAAUGAAGAAGGCACUGAAGCAGCUGCUGCCACAGCAGUGAUGGUGUACUACUGUGCUCUUGUGGGAGUUCCGGAUUUCACUGCUGACCAUCCCUUCCUCUUCUUCAUCAGGCACAACAAAACCCGCAGCAUUUUGUUCUGUGGCAGAUUUUGCUGUCCCUAAGCAGCAGAUACCUUGGCAGCAAAGGUGCCAUCACACAAUAAAUUUACAUUUCUCUGGAACAAGGUGACUUCUUUUGCACUAAUUGUCUCUUUCAGCUGUGCCUGAAUCCUCUUGUGUAGUGUUGAUCUUGGGCCUGGCAGGAAUAUCCGAGCUACUCAGACAAGCACAGGACCUGCCAUGUCCAUCCUGUCUUGCACGUGGGUGCAGAGAUCUCCAGGUUCUUGCUGACACAAGAACCAUCCCACUUGCUCUGUGAGCGCUGCUUCUGUGCUGGACUUCACUUGUGGUGUCCAGCAGGCAGAGUCAGGCAGUGAGAGCCCAUGGGAGAGGAGAAGUUACUUUUGCUUGUGACAAGGCUGGAGGACAUUUGUAGCUUCCCUCAGCUUUUACCUUGCAGGCUCAUCCAUUUAGUGCCUGGGUACAUUGCCUGGAGCUGAAAGGAGUUAAUGGCAGCCUGUUCUAGGUAUUGCUGAGCAUCAUUUAUAGAUGUGUGUCUUUGGCUAGUAACUGGAGAAGCACGUAGGGAAAAGUGAGAACCAAAGUAUACUUUUAUGCCAGAUGUCCCUGUUAGGUAUUUGUGGGGCAAGUAUCUUUUAUUCCAUCAGCCCAGGAUACCUGGGUUUAUUCCCUGUCACCUGGUUCUGGUCCUUUAACAGAGAAUGUAAUAGAAGGAGCCUAUGCAAUAUUUGAAGGACGAAGCUUUGAUUAUACAUAUAUAUAUCUAUAUAAUAUAUUUUGCUACUGAUGUUUAUCUUAUGAAUAUUUUCUUAUCUUAGUUUACCUGUAUCAUACCAAAGACUCAGCUGCUACAGCUUUCCUUGCAUUGGGAUGUGUUCUGCGGGUGCUGUUCCUGGAAUAAUAAAAGAAGUGUAAUGGCUGCA